AUGUUUGCUAGAUUGCAUGGAAAGAAACAAAGGCCAAUUUCUUCCAUCAAUACACAAACUCCAAGGACUAGCAAUACUACGCAUGCGAAUAGUAUAUCCUUAUCAUCGGGUAAUUUAAUAGUUGGUUCAAAAAGAAAUUUGAGAGAACAAAGAGACCAGAGGACUUCUAAUAGAAACCUAAUUUCAGACAAGAAGACUAACGAUAAUGAUAAUAACAACAAUUACAACAAAGAGCAGCUCCAUCGCCAUCGCAGCGCGGGACUUAAAAUAAGGCCACAUCAAGCUGAAUUAGGAUAUCAUGAAUCUCGGUUUUCAGAAAAUCUAGUGAUGCUAAACCUGAUUGAAUUUCCAGACAUAAAACCUGGAAAUUUGGUAGAACUAAGAACAUAUCAUAAAAAUCCAUCUGCUUCGAACGGAGAUAAGAAGAUCUAUUUUAUAGCAAAAGAUUUUGAUGAAGAGACUAAAAGAAGAGCAAAAACAUCUAAUGUUUCAGUGCUUUCCGGUCAAUUGCAGACUCUGUUAGAUUUGCCUUCUAGAUCUAGAAUAUGGAUAAAAUUGAAACCAAACAAAGCUGACCUACAGGCAGAUGUAGUAGAAUUCAAUAUAAAGGACUGUUUACUAAAUAGAGGUGACAUGUGGGUUUUAUCAUCUAAGUUGGUAGACACAUGUGUGUUUAUGGAUCAAAGGUUGGCAUUUUUAGAUUCUAUCAGAGGUACUAUCAAAGGAAUUUAUCGAAAUGGUAAGAAGAUUGUCUCGGGAUAUAUAUCUGAACAAACAAGAAUAAUUUUUCGAUCUGAAUCUGCUAGACUAAUUUUUUUGAUUCAGAUUACUGAUGAAAUGUGGAACUUCGAAGAAACUGGUGAACAAUUGUUUCAAAAGAUGGUCAAUUCUUUCUUUCCGAAAAUUUUUAAAAAGUGGAAGGAUAUAGACACUCAUCACACAAUCACGAUAGCGUUUGCUAUAUCAAUGGAUUUGUCUGAUACUUCGUUUAAGGACUUGAAGCCUGGAGAAUCUUUGAAAAAUUCAAAAGAUUAUUUUAGAAUAGUUGUAGAUCAAGUGAGUAUUAUCCAUUGGGUGGAUAUUAUGGAAACAUUAAGAGAGGAAUUCAUGGAAAUCAGAAAGGAUUUGUUAAAUAAGCAAACAGAUAAGGGUUACAGUGUAGCUAAUGGAAGAUUUUCGCCUGUCAUCAAAUCAAACUUUCUCGAACUAGUCAAUUUCGCCACAACAAUUCUAACUGAUCCUUUCAAGCAAUUGGAUCUAAGACAUACCACAACACACGUUAUGAUCAUUUCACCAGGAUCGGGGUUAUUUGAUGUAGAUUAUAGUCUAUUAAGGCUAACAGGAAAAAAACUGCUUUCUCUUGAAAUGACUAUGGAUUUAAUCUGUCUUUCAAAAGCUCCAUUACAUAUUGUGCCUCUUUUUAGGUACCGGGACUUUGAGAACCAACUUCAUCAUUGCGUGCCGCUUUGGUUGAGUGUUUUCUUUUGGAACGAUCAUGCGAAAAAGAGUAAUUCAGAAUGGACUCCAAGAUGUAAAAUUUAUGAUUUACAGAUGAUGGGGAUUACAGAAAACGAACUUAUUCAGGAGGUAGACGUUGAAUAUUUGCAGCUGAACAAGAAAGUUAAAUCGCUAUCAGAGUUUAUGAAUGAUUACGACAAAAAUGCUUUUGAGGUGAGAAUUUUACCAGUUAACUCUAAUAAAAAACUAUCCAAUAGGUUAAAUUCGAAGUUUGACACUGUAUUUGAGGAUGAUGUGGUUUUGAACACGAGAAAAAUUCCAGCAACGGCAACAACAAUACACGGUAAUACAAAAUUUAUAUGGAGAGCUCCAAAAUCUGCCAAUCCAGCUAUAAAGGACGUUCAAAAACCAAACGUAAUACCAGAUUUAUCGAUAAAAAUGAUAGAGGCAUCUACUCAUGACGACUACAAUACAACAAAUGAUAAAAUCAAUACUCCUAUUCCUUCUAACAACAACGAUCUCGAAAUGAGUGACUCGUUGGUUUCUCUAAGAUCUGGCAAUAACCAAAAUACAUCUUUAGCGCUGGAUUCGCUAAAAGGACUAAGCAAAAGGAACUCACUGAAAGAUUUUACUCAAAGAGUUAUCACAAAGUUUAUUUCUAAUAUGGAUACUACUACUAAAAAUAAAGAAAUAAAGGCAACAUUAGUUAAAGAUGUUAAAGAUAGCUCUCUAACAGAUACAAAAAUACCAAUGCCACCAUCUUCUGAUAAUAAGAUAAAUAGUAUAAAGUUACAAAACAAGGAGUUGAUAGAUGAUAAUGUCAUCAAUAAUCGUGGAAAUCUGAUUAUCAAGAAAAACCUGUCCAUUUUUGGAUUACCUGGUAAGGAAACCAUAAGUGGUUCGCCCUCUUCGUAUCUGGGAUCAUCACAUACCAGAACUUCCUCCAAAUUUUCCAGUAUGUCUGACAAGGUUGCAUUUAUUGCAGAAGGCCAAAAAUUAAAAUCUGAGAACCCGAACAGUUAUAGCUUUUUACAACGAUUCAAACAUCCUUUAAAUGACACUUGGGUCGAUAUCGAAAGUCCGUCAAUUCCUGUCAGUAAUGAAUUUGCCAACGAAUUAUUACCCAUACGUUGGAAAGAUGUAUGGCCAAAACAAGUGGCCAGAAAAUAUAGCAAGUGGAGAUCUUUUACAACACCAGCAGAACUACCAAUUACAAUUUCUGAUUUCCCAUCCAAGGACGAUUUUGAGAGGAACUUUAUCUUCAGGAAUCAUUCUGUAACUUUGAACACUGAUCGAGAACAGUAUAAUCAAACAUACAAAGACUUAUUGCGGGAUAUGAUCUACAUGCGUUUGCUGACUGGCUUCCAAAUCUGUGUGGGACGACAAGUAGAAAAAAUUGAACUUUCCAGGGAAAGUGAUGAAAGUGAAACUGUAGUCAAUAAGUAUCUAGACUUCAGUCGAUACAGUUCUUUCAAGCUCUAUCUAAUGAUCGAUUCUGAGAUACAUAGAAUAACAUGCUCCUCGAGUGGAAUUAUUGAUGUAGAGAGAUAUUUGAGAAAUGAUGAAACGAACUUGUUUGAUCAAGUUCCUAGUUAUACACCUUUAGUUAAGACAAGGUAUGAGAACGCAUUCCGUGAUGCUAUGAUUGAUCCACUCCAUGUUAAAAGGAAAUCUCUUAACUGGAAUCAAAUUGAUCAGGUCCUAGCAGGUUAUGGUGAUUACUUAAUAGAUAGGAAAUGGCACGGAUUUAGGGCUAAAUACGUGGUCUUACCAACAGAUAUUCCGCCGAAUACUUAUUCCAUGGUCAUCAAUGGAAAGAGCGAAACUUUGAACCCCGAAGAAAUAAGAGUUGAAGGGUUGAGAAGAUUAAUUGGCUCAAUUACGAGGGCAAGAUUAAGAACAGGAAAGGAGAAACAAAGAAGAAAGACCAAAAGAGAAGAAAUACAGCCUGAAGUUAUGUUCUACACUGGCCCACUCUAUAGCUUCAUUAAUGAGCAACAAAUAUCUUUAGAAAGCUCUGCUAUAAAUUUCAAAGAUUCUAUUUUUGUAAACGAUAGCAAUCUUUUGAAUAAAAAUGUGGAAUUAUCCAAACUAGCGUAUCAAAUUCAACGCGGUGAAGAUCGUAUUAAUUUGGUUAACAGAAAAUGGCACUGGAAAAAGCAUGACAAAUGCUUCGUUGGCUCAGAGAUGGUUAAUUGGCUGAUAAGAAACUUUUCUGAUAUAGAUACUCGAGAGGACGCAAUUAAAUACGGACAAAAGAUCAUGAAAGAGGGACUGUUUGUUCACGUAUUGAACAGGCACAAUUUUUUGGACGGUCAUUACUUCUAUCAAUUUGCACCUGAGUACGGAAUAGACACAAACAAAUUGGAAAAAACGAAUUCUCAUCGCUCCACGUUAUCCGAUCCAAAGCUGAUGCUGAGGAAAGCUUCCACCGGUAGCUCAAAUGAUCCGGGCGCUAUGACUCCCUUCUCUACAGCAGUACCUGCUAUGAGUACUUCGAACGUCUCUGUUACCGACAGCAAGGAACCAUCACGCCCGAUCUUAAUGCUAAGUAACUCCCUUGUUAUUGAUGUCGAUCCUGCGGGCAAAUCCACAAAGCAAGAAUCGUGUACUGUACAUUAUGACAGGGUUCAUAAUCCUGAUCACUGUUUCCAUAUAAGAUUGGAAUGGUUGACUACGACCCCAAAAUUAAUUGACGACUUGGUUGGGAACUGGUCUAGGUUAUGUGAAAGGUACGGUUUGAAAAUGAUUGAAAUCCCUUGGGAAGAACUUUGCACCAUCCCUUCGGUUAACCCAUUUCACUCUUUUGUCGAAAUUAGGUUAGCUAUCAACCCUUGGGACGAUCCGGAAUUCAAAGAUAGAGAGCUUUUUGCUAAAAGCAAAUUUUACUAUCACGUUUAUCUUCUGAAAGCAUCUGGAUUUUUACUAGAUAACAGGGCAUCCAAAUUUUUGCAAAAUCAAGAUAUAGAGUUUGAUAUCAUGUAUUCAUGGGGAAAACCACAGUUCAAGUACGUUCAAUAUAUUCAUCAUACCGGUGCUUACGUUGCAGAACUGAGGGAAAACGGCUGUCUGUUUUUAGCUCCCAAUAACAUUUAUAUAUCUAGAGUGAAUCCAGGAAAUAUAAUUGGGAAGAUUCAUUCCUCAUCGACCUUUUCAUUAGAUGCUCAAAAGGUUAUUCUAGAUUUCAAAUCAACUUGUUUAGAUUAUCAGAAAUUAAGGUCAAUCUUCUUGGAUGCAAAGGAAAUGUGGAUUACAGGGAAAAUUGUAGAGGACUGA